AUGUAUAAGCUUAAAGGCAAGAGUUUUUGGGAGGUCCCGAGUAGAGGUCGUAUGACCUGGGGUUGGAGGAAGCUUCUUGCUAUUCGCAGCUUACUCCGGCCGUUCUUAUGGUCUUCUAUUGGCAACGGUGCUCGAACAAACGUAUGGAGUGAUAUGUGGUGUGAUCAUGGGCCCUUGAGCAGGUUUAUUAGCCCGAGAAGGAUUGCUAAUGCGGGUUUCCAUCUCCAGUCUACGGUUGCCGAUUUGGUCUCGCAGAAUGGGGAGUGGAGCUGGCCGAUUGCAUGGUACGACUUGUUUCCAGUUUUAAUUAAUGUCCAGGUUCCGAUGUUUUCUGAUAGGCAAGACCGAAUGGUAUGGAAAGAUCUUGAUGGUAACUCCUGUCACUUCUCUUCUUGGGAGGUUUGGAAUAAUAUUCGGCAUCGUGAAAACAUAGUCCCAUGGGUUAAUAUGGUUUGGUUUAAACAUUGCAUCCCGAGACAUUCGUUCCAUAUGUGGCUUGUAAUUAGAAACAAAUUAAAGACACAAGAUAGAUUGUCGGUUUGGGAGGCGGGAAGUGCUUCAAAUCUAAACCUCAUGUGUUGCCCUUUAUGUUGCUAUGAUAGAGAUUCGAGGAAUCAUCUAUUCUUUGAAUGCUCUUUUGCUUUGGAGGUUUGGAAUAACGUUAAGGCAUGGACGGCUAUGGAGAGUGUAAAUGGUUCAUGGGAUGAUAUUAUGGCUUGGAUGACUCAGCACUCGAACAUGCAAGUGCCGGAAAAUAUUAUCAGUCGAUUGGUUCUAUCAGCUGCUUCGUAUUUUGUCUGGCAGGAAAGAAAUAAUAGGUUGUUCUCAAACAAUCACCGUACGCCGAUGGUGAUUGCUCGUGAGGUUGUUCGGACGGUUCGAUUACGUAUGUUAUCAUUCCAGUUCAAGUGGAGACCUGGCCUUCGUCGACUCCUAGAGAAAUGGCAGAUUCCUAGAGGAAACUUAGAGAUUGAUCCAGGCUGA